AUGUCUCAUAAUAUAUCUCUUAUGGAUCUAAUGCAGAAUAUAUCUUCCAUAUGGUCUUCCAAAGAAAUCGAGCAGUUUGCUACCAUCCUUUGGACCAUUUGGAAUGAGAGCAACAAAGAAAGACAUGGUUCAAAAACAAAGCCACCUGAAAUUGCUUUGUAUUUUGCAAUAGAUUAUUUGGAAGAAUACCAAGCUGCUCGGCCUAAACCAGCUAAUGCUACUACUUCUGCAGCUUCUGUUUCUGCAGAUUCUCCUUGGAUGAAUCCUCCCUCAGGCCGGCUGAAGUUAAACACUGAUGCAGCAGUUAGCACAAUGGAAAAUAAAUCUGGUUUCGGGGCUGUCCUUCGCAACAACACAGGAGACAUCGUAGCUGUCAUGGCUAUGCCUUUUCAAGGACGUUUUAAACCAGAAAUUAUGGAAGCUAUGGCUUUGAUUUACAGCUUGCAAUGGCUCAAAGUCCUUCAAAUACCAGUCUACUAUAUAGAAACUGAUUCUUUAUUAGUGGUUAAAGGAGUGCAAGCAUCUCAAAGACAUACUUCGGAUUUUCAUUGUCUGUUAAAUAAUAUUUCUCUUUUAGUGUCCAAUUUUCCUGGGGCUCAGAUCUCACACAUUUAUAAAUCUGUUAAUAAUGCGGCUCAUCUGUUAGCCAAAUAUGCCCUCUCGGUGAAUUCUAAUUGUAUAUGGUGGGAGGAAUUACCUCCUCCAAUUGUGCCUUUUGUAUUAUAA